AUGAGUUACCCAGCCACGGCAUUCGCGGUGAAGGACACCUAUAAGUACCUGGAAGGCCUCGGAAACUAUCAUUCAUCCGAAGCCUUCCCCGGCGCAAAUGCCAAAGUCAACAACAGCCCGCAGAAGCCGCCGUAUGGAUUGAAGACGGAACGUCUGAGUGGGACGUCCUUCACUGCACCGCGGGAGUCGAACUUGCAAACAUGGAUGUACAGGGCCACGCCAUCGAUGUUUCAUGCUGAGUACAUGCCUUAUGGUAAUGGGGAGACACCGGCAGCGCCAACAUACCUCUCUCCGAAUUCGUACAUGUGGCCCAAGUUCCCUUCUGAACCAAAAGCAGACUGGAUCAGUCAACGUCUGCUAGCACAGAACGGGAAUCCUGCCACGAAGGAAGGCCUGGCGAUACAUCUGUACUCGGUCUCUGAGUCAAUGCCGGAACACACUGCCUUCUCCUCCAUGGAUGGGGACAGUUUGAUCAUCCCACAGAUCGGUACGCUCGACAUUCAGACCGAGCUCGGGAAGCUGCUGGUUCGCCAGAACGAGAUUGCUGUCAUCCCUCGAGGCAUGCGAUAUCGCGUCACCCUUCCUGAUGGACCAGCGCAUGGCUUCAUCUGCGAGCUUUUCCAGAGCCACUUCCAGCUUCCCAACCUGGGCGUCAUCGGGUCAACCGGGCUUGCGAAUCCUCGUGAAUUUGAGAUUCCUGUGGCUUACUUUGAUGGGAAGCUGUCCGAUGACGGCAAGGUCGCUGUCGCGAACGAUGCAGAAUAUCGACUGAUCACACGCCAAGCCGGGCGUCUAUGGUCCUGCACGCAAGCUUCCACGCCUUUUGACGUUGCUGCCUGGCAUGGAACAAAUUAUCCUUAUAAGUUCGAUCUCGCCAAGUUUUGCGUUAUGGGCAACAUGCUCUUCGAUGAGCAUGAUCCCUCGAUGUAUGUUGUGCUCACGGCGCCAGCUUAUAGUGAGCCUGGCAACGCGAUCGUGGAGUUCCUUAUCAUCCCGCCUCGAUGGAUGGUCAGUGAGAAUACGCUGUGGCUGCCGUACUACCAUCGAAAUACGAUGAAUGAGUUCUACGGCCCGAUUGUGAAUGCUCAGGAGCCAACACAUCCGCUCAAUCAGGGUAAAGAAAAGGGUUCCAGACCAUUUGGCGCAGGCCUGAACGGUACAAUGGUCGUUCAUGGUGCGACCGAAGCCGAGCUCGAAAAGGCGAGCAAUGCACCGUCGACGCCAUCCAAGGCGAUGAACGACGGCAUGUCCCUCUUUCUGCUCGAGACAGAGAAGCCGCUGUUUGUCAGUGACUGGGCGGCAGAGGCGGCGAUCAAGAACAUGAACGGGAAGAAUAAGCCAGCAAACUCCAAGUUAUAA